AUGUGUGCAUUCCUCAAUCGUAUGGACGAUGGUUGCCACGCUGCUGUCAUUGACUGCGUGCCCUUCCUGUCCAUCCGCGACACUCUCAUCCGCUACCAUGCUGCCAACCCUUUUAUUGAUCAAGUCGUCAGCGACAUCGUUGGCGUGUAUGUCGUCGAAACACUGCUAAGCGAGUUGGUUGCCGACUCCCCGCCUUUGCAGGUUUACGUCAAAGUCGUGGAUCUAGUGCAGGCCAUGGCUGGCGCCGACGAGGAUCCAGGCCAGGAACCAGCGUCUCUGCCAGUGUCUCAAAUCUCAGAUAUCUUCACGUCGCCGAGCGUUGCCUUGGCCGUCGCGAGGCACCUCCAGAUUGAGUACGGACUGUCCAGAUAUAAACAAGAUCCUGGGCUAUUCACCAAGCACCCCGAGUUCUAUGAAAGUGCGGGUUUACUCAUGGCACAGGGCGCGCCGCUGAAGCCGGAUUCUACAUCACUUCUCUCAUUUCCGGGGUCUUUGGAUAAAAACACCGCUUCUCUCUAUCGGAACUUUGUAGCAUUCACCUGUUCUAACAUGUAUGAGAGUUCGCUUUAG